CAAUGUUGGCAAAAGUGUAAAAGAUUGACGAAAAUUAAAACCAGGUGGCAGCACCAUCACCAAAUCAAAAUCAGCCGAAAAUGGCUUCGUCUGUGCUGAGACAGGUGCUAAAUUUCGCACCGAAAGUUCUCUUUCGGCCACUAAUUUCAAAAGCUCCUGUCUCGUCGGUGCUCGCCGGCCAACAGCUCAGGUUCAAAACCACAGAAGCGGCUCCGGUUGAAGAAACCAGACCGACCGUUCGAAAGGCUGAUGUUGGGGCGAGAGCUCAACUGAUUGACUUUGGCAAGUACGUGGCCGAGUGCUUACCUAAGUAUGUGCAGAAGGUGCAGUUUACCGCAGGCGACGAGCUGGAAGUCCUCAUCGUACCAGAAGGUGUGGUGCCUGUGCUGCAGUUCUUGAAGGACCACCACAACGCCCAGUUCGUCAAUCUGGUUGACAUUGGCGGAAUGGACGUUCCCAACAGGCAAUACAGAUUUGAGAUCAUUUACAACCUGCUGUCUCUGAGGUAUAAUUCUCGAAUCAGAGUGAAAACCUACACAGACGAGUUGACUCCGAUUGACUCUUGCAACGACGUCUUCAAGGCAGCCAAUUGGUACGAGCGAGAAAUUUGGGACAUGUACGGUGUCUUCUUUGCCAACCACCCCGAUCUGAGGCGCAUCCUCACCGAUUACGGUUUCGAAGGCCACCCCUUCCGCAAAGAUUUCCCUCUGAGUGGUUACGUGGAGGUGCGAUAUGAUGAUGAAAAGAAGAGGGUGGUCUGCGAGCCUCUUGAGUUGGCUCAGGAGUUCCGCAAAUUUGAGUUGUCCAGCCCGUGGGAGCAGUUCCCCAACUUCAGAGCCCCUCCUGCCUCAGAAGAGAUCCCAACUGCAGAAAAGAAGUAAUUUCCCCUUGUCUUGUAGAUACGUGACAAAAGUUGUAAAAAGAACUGUUGAAUUUCUGUUACAAAUAAAAAAAAGAGCCAAAAUGAUAUCAGAAAAUAA